UUAGCAUAACUCCGAUCUAUUUUAAAAACUACAACUCGGCUUCCUUGUGUUUUUCAACUUCGGAUCAUUAAAUACGACAGGUCACAUAUGUUAUAAACCAUCUUCAACUUCAACAUCAACUCGGUUGGUGCUCUCUCUCUCUCUUUGUGCAUGAAAACGCGUAUCUACUAGCUCUCCAAUAGAUUCUGGGCCUUGUUUCUGCUACCUUGAGUUCUGCCACUGGUCAAGCAGCUCUUUCUCUCACAAACUCUCUCUCUCUCGCUCUCAUCCUCAGAAUUCAUCAGAUCUUUGCCGCAGAUAUGCUCAAAUCACUAACCAGGGGCUGGAAAUUCACGGAAACUGAUGAGGGAUGUAUAUGUGGAAUAUUUGUUUUCUUCUCAGAGAGUUUAAGCUGAUCAGCUGCAAUGCUUUUCUCUGUAAGCGAGCAAGGCCCUUUUCAACGAGUGGCGCAGCUGGCCAUGGAAGGCUGCAAGGCAAGGUGGCCAUAAUAACAGGGUCAGCUAGCGGGCUUGGGAAAGCCACGGCCCACGAGUUCAUCCGACAUGGAGCACACGUCAUCAUUGCAGACGCAGAUUCUGAGCUGGGUUCACAAGUCGCCAAAGAGCUGGGGCCCGCAGCCCACUUUGUCCAGUGCGACGUUGCCGUUGAGUCCCAGAUAGCUGAAGCUGUAGAAACCGCCGUGGCUCGUCAUGGAAAACUUGACAUAAUGUACAACAACGCGGGAAUAACAGGCCCAGCGUUCCCGCCCAGCAUCGUUGACCUGAACCUUGAGGAGUUUGACCGCGUGAUCCGGGUCAACGUGCGGGGCGCGGUUGCUGGGAUAAAGCAUGCGGCACGAGUCAUGAUACCUGCGGGCUUAGGCUCCAUACUCUGCACGUCCAGCAUAGCUGGCUUGUUGGGUGGGCUUGGCCCUCACCCCUACUCGAUAUCAAAAUUUACGAUACCUGGCCUGGUUAAGUCACUGGCGAGCGAGCUGUGCCGAAACGGGAUCCGAGUCAAUUGCAUAUCGCCGGGUCCAAUCCCGACGUCAAUGGUGGUGCGGGAAAUAGGGCAGCUUUAUCCGGGGGCGCCGGAGGAUCAGGUUAAAGAGAUAGUGAAUGGGCUGGGAGAGCUCAAGGGUGCGAAGUGUGAGGAGAUAGAUGUGGCGCAAGCUGCGGUGUAUCUGGCAUCGGAUGAAGCAAAGUAUGUGACGGGUCAUAAUCUGGUGGUCGAUGGAGGCUUCACCAGCUUCAAAAGUCUUAGCUUCCCUCCUCCUCCGGAUCAAUCUGUGUAAUGUAAUGCUAGUAUAUGUCCAGAGUCAAGGACAGAGUCAGAAAUUUCUUCUAAUGGGGGCAACCGAAAACAACUCUUAUUAUAGUGUGGUUAUACGCAAUAUGAUAUUAAAGAUGGUUUCAAAUGAUGAUGUAUCACAAUUCCAAUGUUACAAAAAUUUCAAUAUA